CUACAGUUCACAUUAACGUGUUAAAAACCUUUAAAAAAAAAACAACAAUCAAGAUGCCUUGCAAAGGAUGCGGAAACAACUGCCAAUGCACUGCCGGCCAAUGUGGAGGUAACUGUGCCGGAAACCAACAAUGUCAAUGCGCCAGCAAACCAGCCUCCAAGUGCUGCCAGAAUAAAUAGAUGCUGCUAUGAGAACAUUAAAGAGUUCUACAUUUAAAUCUCCGACUGAUUGUUAAUAACUGAAGCGUAAUAAAUAUUAUGUAUAAUUUAUAAUUUAAUCA